CUUAGAAUCAAAAGUAACGGCCAAACAGUCUCCCACUUCUAUCAGUUGGGGAGAGGACUCCACGCGGACCAUGUUUUGAUUGGAGCAUUCCGGGUGUGAAAAGGGUGUCACGCCGUCUUCGACCCAUUGGUCUUCUAGUACCUUCAGCUGGAAUGGUUUUGGCAGUACCCAGUUGGCACCGCAGUUUCGGAAAUGAUCCACGUCCUCCGACAUGACGUUUCCGGUCACGCCGGCAAUGUACGACGAGCAUCCCAUCUUUCGCAUCAUCUGGCAGGCAUUGGGCCCAUUCAUUACAGGCAUUUCGUAGUCCAGAAGAAUGCAGUCGUAGAAUUUCCCAGUCUCCAGUGAUUCCUUCACCAUCCGCACGGCCUCGUCUCCAUCGCAGGCCGCCUCUGUGGUGUGGCCGUUGCGUUCCAGCAAGCGCUGGCACAGCUUUCGGUUGGUGACCGAAUCGUCCACCACCAGCACGCGGAAGUUAGGGAUCGAAAACUCGGAGGACUCUAGAGCGUUUUCUUCGUCCGUGUCCAUGAACUGGGCCAUUUCUCCGGUGGAGGAUAGCUUCGACACCGUUCCAUUCGACGAGUUGUUCUUCAUUUUGGAGACCUUAUGUGCCGUUGCUAGCGGCGUUGGAUUGUUGUCCGAAUAGAGGGUGGUGCACAGCGUGAAAGUACUUCCUUUUCCCAAUCCCUGGGAGCUGCAGGUUAGGGUACCUCCGUGCUCGAGAACAAUCCCUCGCGCAAUAUUGAGGCCUAGCCCACUUCCGCCACCGGCCUGGAGCUUGUUUCGAUCAAACUGGGUGCCGUCCUCGAAAACCGCAUCCACCUGCUCCGGCGUCAUCCCCGCACCUUCGUCGAUGACCUCCACAGAGACGGACCCAAUCUUUGUGACAUCGGCGAGCGGGCCCUUGUGGAGCGAAAUUUUUUCUUGUUUUUGUUUGCGUUCCGGCAGCAGGUCAAAGGAGACACGUACCGUCAUAUGGUCGUGUUCUUUCGAAAACUUCAGCCCGUUCGAUAUUAGGUUGCGAAAUACCUGAAUCAACCGAAUUUUGUCCCCGAUGACUUUGCAGUUCUGGACCUUGUCUGGCAAUUCCGAUGCCUUGCACACAGGCUUGGGAGGGUUGGCCGUCGUCUUGGCCGAUUCGUGCUCAAUGCUAUCUGAUAGGGAGGAUGGCAAGGACAAAAGUGGAGACAAAUCCAGUUCCAGGAUGACGAGUUUUUCCUUGGCCGAGACCUGGAAUUCUUCGAUCGUCUUUUCCAGUGCGCUCCAGAGGUUGAUUAGAGAAAGUUCUAGGGACAGGUUCCCCAUUUGGAUCUUGUCGUAGUUCAGCAAAUCGCUCAGGACGCCUACGGCCACAUCCGCGUUCUGAAAUACUUGACCGGACAGGGUCAUCCAUUCCUCAACCGUCUCCCGUUUUAGGACCAACAGGUCAUUGUUUGAAUUUUCCUCGGCCCGUCGCUUGUUGUUGCUUUUGGUAUCCGACGAAAGAGAAGUCUCGAGGUCGUUCUGGAGGAGGGUAAGCCCCAUGCAAACAGUGUUGAGCGGGGUUCGAACCUCGUGCGAAACGAACCGGACGAACCGACGCUUGGCCUCCAGGAGUUUCUCCUUUGAGUCGAAUUCCUGUCGGACGCAAUAGUCGUAGGACACAAAGAGCAGACUGGUAAAGAUCAUGACCAGGACAGUUGCGAUGCAGGCCACGAUCGAUAUGGGAACCCCGUCGUCGUCGUUGGUUUCACCCAGGCCAUGGGCCAUCGAGGACACGAAUUUUUCAGUGGCGUAAAUGUCCAUAAAGUACUCGACGGUUCCUGGCAUGAAAAGAUUUUCCGUGAUGGAGAGGUUCAUCCACCGGUAUUCGUCACAUUCUUCGGAGUAAAGGUACUCGUCGUCCCGAAACGGAACCCAUUCAUCUUCCGGGUCGCACUCUAUGUGGCCACCCCCAUUUUUUAGCCAGUAGACCUCCUCGGGGUCCCGCUUGAUGCAGGUGUGCGUUCGGUUUCCGACGUACCGGACCUCCCCACUGUCGACGUCGUAGCUGUGUUCCUUCCCCGUGCUCGUGUGGAGGACUACGCGGAUCCCGGAGACGUCAGGUUCAAAAGCAUGCACGAGUAGGUCAUGCCAGAGCUGUUUGUGGAGGAUGAAUCCGGUGAGCUGAACAAACGUUUAUCACAUUCACGAAGCAAAGACGAGGAGCGAGACGAUACAAGACGAAAGGUUAGAUGAAAACCAGUGCUACGAGGAGCAAUUCGAAGCAAAACGCAAACCAUACAGAUAUUUUGAAAUGGAAAGGGGAAAAGAGAAAUCCAAGUUCCAUUGCGCGCCCAUGUGUUACAUUACAAGCUAAGCAAGAACAAAAUCAAACAGAGCACAGAAAGGGGCAACACUCACGGUUUCGGGAUCGUUCCGGGGAUAGAUGGGACUGAACAUUAUCCCGGCUGGACCAGCAACCACGUCCUCCGCCUUGGUACUUUGCCAGAGCAUGUCGGUAAUGCUCCCGCACUCUAUCGGCGGUUCAUUUUCUACAUCGCUCUCGGUCUCGUUGGCUUCCGCUGCCAUUUCCAUCGCCAGCCCCCGCUCCUCCGAACACGCCACGAUUCCAUGCGCCACGCGGGCCCGGUGUUCCUCGAACAUGACAUCGAGCAUGAGUGCGUUAUGUUCCCCAAAGUCCGAUUGAACAAAGGGGACCAUCAUGUUGUUAGGGUUGUUGAUUCCGUGCUUCGAGUAGUUGGUGAGGACCGGGUACCGGUAGUCUGGCCAGAGCUUGGCGUUGACCACGUCGUAGCCAAAACCAAAGAUCCCCUUCCCAAAGCUUGACUCCCCCGUCCCGUUGUGGAAUCCCCAGGCCUCGUAUAGAUCGUAGUAAUACUCCUCGAAGCGCUGCUGCUCCUCCCCUCCGUAUCCCAUCACGAUCGGACAAAAGCUGAGCGACCCCUUGGUGAUGAGCUUGAGACUCGCCGCAAUGUCCUUGUAGCCGUCCAUGUGGACAAAGGGCCAUUUCUCAGCGUCGGGGUUUGCGCUUCCGAACAUGAGCGCCAGGGCGUCCGUGGCCUGCUUCUUCUGCGCCAGGACCCAUUCGGCGCUGGCCUCCGCCCGCUCCGCGAUCGAGUCGAAGCGGUCCUUCGCCAGCCGGUCCUCGGCGUUCUUCAUGAGCGCGUACGAAGCGUAGCCAAAGCCGAUCGCGCAGGCCACCAGCACGAACGCCAGGGCAAUCCGUCCCAGGCCGAUGCUCCGCUUCCGCUUCGCGUGGCCCGGUCCUCCCUGAGAGGUGCCGCUGCGCAAGC